GCAUGUUAAAUUUUAUCAUUUUUCACAGUUAAAUUUAACUGUCUUGCUUUUGUAAUUGCGUCUUUGCAUGACUUACAAUUGUCGAAACAGCACGGUUGUUGUACUCUGUGGAGCUCCAGGUGCAGGCAAAACUACUUUUUGCAAGACCUUUUGUGAAAGUCUGGUCCCUCAGAUUUUUUGUAGUACCGCAAAAAAAUUUUACAGACUCUGUGAGUCGGCAAGUGCUGUGCACUUUUGUGUUUUGCAUGUUGAGUACGAUUUUGUUUACCGUCAACACGCCGAUAGAACUUGUAAACAUGGUUUUAACGCAGAUUUAUGGAAAAAAGGCUAUCUGGUUGUGGAAGAAAUUGUUAAAUUUCUGCUUUCUGAUAGAUCUGAAGUUUGUUUGUCUCAGUCUUUGAGGAAGAAGGAGACUGGUUGGUUUCUUGAAUAUUCCAGUAUCAACUUUGUUGAAACUCUUACUAUACCUUUAUAUACAAACUGUUUAGAGUAUUCAGAUAUUAUUUCUGAUAGCGUUCACUGGUUUAUUCUACUUGACGAUAAUUUUAUGUAUGAUAGCAUGCGUCGUAGAGUUUUCAAUCUUUGUCGUGUCUGUCGUGUACAUUUUUUAAUUUUUUAUUUGACAUUGCAUCCUGCAAAUUGUCUAGAGCGACUUUCACUCCGAGAUGAUUCACCUCCAUUACAAGUGGUCAAGAGUACACUGGAACGUUUUGAAAGUCCCAAGAGAGUUGGAUCCAUGGGAAAGCAUAUUGUGACACUGAAUGGCUCUUAUGAGUUGGAGGAUGGUGCUUUAUCUUGGUACGAUUUAUUUCAAUUCAUUCUAUCUGAUUAUUUUUUAUCUUUUCCUCUUCCUCCCACUUCUGAAACCAAGGCUCCCAACUUGAGCUCUACAAGUGAAAAGCAUCAGUUUGAUCUCUUAUUACGAAAAGCCAUUUCGAAUAUCAUUCGACGUCAUGAUCACAUCCAAAAUCAACAAGAACAUUGGAAAAGAUUAUGUAACAUAAGAAAGCAGAUGAUCAAGGAGUAUGAAAGGAAAUGGAAGCCUAUUGUAUCCGAUUCCACCGUUGAAUAUUGGGAAACGAUUCUUUCCAGUAGGAAUGAAUGAAGAAUACUUGUUUUUUUAUUUCUAUUGUUGUUGAGAUUUUCAUCAAUAUGAUUCAAAAUAUAUGUUCACUCGACACAGCCUAUCCAUAGAGAAACUCCACCUUCCAGCUUGGAACCUCGUAUGUCUGUACUUCAACCACGGAACCGUCGAUUAAUCUCCUUUGCUUGGACAUGUUCUGUUUCUUUCCCAUAUCAACUUUUGCUGUGCUACUUUUAUCAUCUCUCUCUUCGUUCUGAUAUUCCUAUCCCGACCUUGUUUUGAAAACACAAACAUAUAUAUAUAUGAACACAUAGAGUCAUUCUUCUCAAGUUUUCUUGUUUUUCUUCAGUUGUUCUUCAAAUUCCUCCAAUUGUUGUAAAUAAACAGUCCAUACACAGUCAGGACAACCGUUACCACAACAACUCUCAGGUGGUGGAGGUUCUGGUCUCGAAACUUUACGUCUCGAGGCCUCCUCGUUCAAACCAAGUACAUCCUCUUCUUCUGUUUCAGUUGUUACUCUUUCCUUUCUUUGGCUGGACCAUGAACACAUAUUCCUCAAUCUUCCCAUUUUUCUGUGUAGCAAUGUUGUAGACGUAAAAUAUUCUUUUAUA